AUGUCAGAACCUAUAUUCGUAGAUCUCAGCGAGAGUAAGCCUACUGAAAUUGAAAGCUUGUGUAUGAAAUGUCAAGAGAACGGUAUUACCCGUAUCUUGCUUUCCAAGAUCCCUCACUUCAAAGAAAUCAUUAUCAUGGCAUUUGAAUGUCCCCACUGUGGUUUCCGUAACAACGAACUUCAAAGUGCUGGUUCUGUCAACGAAAGAGGCCACACAAUCACUUUAUCCAUUUUAAACAAAGACGACAUGGACCGUCAAAUCGUUAAAUCCGAUUACUGCUCUCUCAAGUUUAUAGAACUUGAUAUGGAAAUUCCUGCAAACAGAGAUCGCGGUCUUUUGACAACCGUUGAAGGAUUGGUCAGUAAUGCCAUUGAUGACUUAUCUGCUGGACAACCUAUUCGUAAGGCUACGGAUGAAGCCGUCUACAACCGUAUUGAGGAGAUUUUGGCUACCAUGAAUGAAUACAAGGAAGGCAAACCAUUCACAUUGGUGCUAGAUGAUCCCUCGGGUAACUCUUAUGUCGAGAACAGAUGUCUACCUAACCAAGAUCCUCAAAUCAAGUUGAGAUGGUACACACGUACAGCUGAGCAACAAGCCUUCCUUGGUCUUCAAAGCGAUCAGGCACCUGCCGAAGAAGCCGCGACCCGUGCAGCUCAAGUUGUUGCAUCCGAAAUGGUGAAUGAAGACGGUAUACCUGAAGUCAUGUCCUUCCCUGCCAGUUGUCCUUCUUGCCAUGCACCUUGUUCAACCAACAUGCAUGUUAUGGAAAUUCCUCAUUUUAAGGAAGUUGUCAUCAUGGCUACCAACUGUGAGCAUUGUGGUUAUAAGAGUAAUGAAGUCAAGGCAGGUGGACCUAUCUCUGAAAAGGGUAGAAAGAUUACAUUAAGAAUGACCGACGCCGAAGAUUUGUCAAGAGAUAUCCUCAAGUCAGAAACUUGUGGUUUGAGUAUUCCUGAAAUCAACUUGGAGUUAACACCAGGUACUUUGGGUGGCCGAUUCACCACUGUUGAAGGCUUGAUCCGUCAAGUCCAUGAUGAAUUAAAGGAUCGUGCACCCUUCAUCCAAGGUGACUCAGCUAGUGAAGAAGGAAAGCAAAGAUGGAAUAAGUUCUUGGAAAGCUUAACUGCUGUAGCUGAUGGACAGAGAUUCCCUGUGACCCUUAUCAUUGAUGAUCCUUUGUCUAACUCAUACCUUCAGAAUCUUUAUGCUCCUGAUCCAGAUCCAGAAAUUACUAUUGAAGACUAUGAACGUGAUUGGCAAACAAAUGAAGACUUGGGAUUAAAUGACAUGAAAUUAGACAACUAUCAAGAAUCAUAA